GGUCUCUCUCUCUACUUUCUCUCUCUACUUUCUCUCUCUCUCUCUGCUGUUGCUUGGCAGUACGAGCUUCUGUUCUUCGUCUUUAAAGGUGGCAACUCUCGAGACCGCUUCCGACUUCAAUCCUUGCUUCUCUCUCCCCCGCCUUCGUCUUCAAGAAAAACCCUAGGGAUCUCUCCGAUCUCUAUUGCUUCCUCUUAACUAUCCGUUCACCUGCUUUGGUGUUCAGCUAUGGCUAGGGUUUUGCUUUCUCCCUCCUCGAUCGCUCCGUUUCGCUUCGGGCUCUGUCGUUGCUUUUGACGGGAGAGCGUAUUUGGCCUCUUUCCUUCGAGGGGUUGUCCUCGGGGGGGAAUCUGUGUCCUCUCGUGGAUCUUUUUCCGAGAUUCGACAUUUGUUCUCGCCUUAAUUAGAGGAAAGAGGGAAGUAGUUGUUGUGGAUCGGGGCCUAGUAAGAGAGGAUCAGGGCUCAAUUGAGUCGGAUUCGGUCGUUAUGGGGUUUGCAUGUUGCUUCUGAGUCCAUUUAUCGGGGAUCGAGACUUAAACCCGAGGGUUUGAGGAGGUUUCUCCGGAGAGCGGGGGAGCGAAAAGAGAGUUCUUUUCUUCUUCAAUUUCCCUUUUAUUUAGCGUUUUCUCGUUUUAGGACGCCAAAGAUAUUGUUUUUCUCUUUCUCGUCUUCAAAGUCUGGGUUGAUUGAAGCCAAACCUCCUUUUGAGACCGCCUCUUAUCUAUUGCCCUCAGUAAGUUAGUUAUCGAAUCCUGAUUAUAAAAAAAAAUGGCGGCAGCCGUCGCAAUUAGAACUAGCAGCGGGAGCAGCGGCGGACUGGAGAAGCACAUGGACAGCACGGGGAAGUACGUUCGUUACACAGCAGAGCAAGUCGAGGCCUUGGAAAAGGUCUACGCUGUGUGCCCGAAGCCGAGCUCGAUGAGGAGGCAGCAAUUGAUCCGUGAGAACCCCAUCUUAUCCAACAUUGAACCCAAACAAAUUAAAGUUUGGUUCCAAAAUCGAAGAUGCCGUGAGAAGCAGAGGAAGGAGUCUUCUCGUCUUCAAGCUGUCAAUAGGAAGUUGACUGCAUUGAACAAGCUUCUGAUGGAGGAAAAUGAACGCCUCCAAAAACAGGUCGCUCAGUUGGUUCAUGAGAACACAUACAUGAAGCAGCAACUACAAAAUGUAUCUCUUGCUAAUGACACAAGUUGUGAAUCAGUUGUGACGACACCUCAAAAUCCUCUUAGGGAUGCAAGUAAUCCUGCUGGACUCCUGUCUAUUGCUGAGGAGACCUUGACAGAGUUCCUUUCAAAGGCUACGGGAACUGCUGUUGAUUGGGUCCAGAUGCCCGGGAUGAAGCCUGGUCCGGAUUCAAUUGGGAUUGUUGCAAUUUCACAAACUUGCAGUGGGGUGGCAGCACGAGCCUGCGGUUUAGUGAGUUUAGAGCCUACAAAGGUCGCAGAAAUUCUCAAAGAUCGUCCAUCCUGGUUCCGUGAUUGUCGGAGUCUUGAAGUUUUCACCAUGUUUCCAGCUGGAAAUGGAGGCACAAUUGAAUUGGUGUAUAUGCAGAUGUAUGCUCCAACGACAUUGGCCCCUGCACGUGACCUUUGGACUCUGAGGUACACGACAAAUUUAGAAGAUGGAAGUCUUGUGGUUUGUGAGAGGUCAUUGAGGGGUUCUGGUGGUGGUCCUAGUGCAGCAAGUGCUCACCAGUUUGCAAGAGCUGAGAUGUUUCCCAGUGGGCUUUUAAUUCGACCAUGCGAUGGCGGUGGUUCAAUUGUACACAUUGUUGACCAUUUGAAUCUUGAGCCAUGGAGUGUGCCAGAAGUGCUUCGACCUCUUUACGAGUCAUCAAAGGUACUGGCUCAGAAGAUGACAGCUGCGGCACUGCGCCACAUCAGACAAAUAGCGCAAGAGAUGAGUGGUGAAAUGGUGUAUCCUCUAGGAAGGCAGCCCGCUGUUUUGCGUACUUUUAGUCAAAAAUUGAGCAGAGGCUUUAAUGAUGCUAUCAAUAGCUUCGUUGAUGAUGGCUGGUCAGUUAUGGGAUGUGAUGGUGUUGAAGAUGUGGUAGUUACUACCAACCCAAUGAAGAAAACAAAUUCUAAUGCUAAUCCUGCGAAUGCUGUCACCAUGCCUGAUGGAGUGGUUUGUGCCAAGGCAUCAAUGCUACUUCAAAAUGUUCCACCUGCAUUGCUGGUUCGAUUCUUGAGGGAACAUCGUUCUGAAUGGGCUGAUUACAACAUAGAUGCAUACUCUGCUUCCAGUUUGAAGGCUGGCUCAGCUUUCUUUCCUGGUCUGAGGUCUACUAGGUUUUCUGGGAGCCAGACAAUCAUGCAUUUGGCUCACACGGUAGAGAAUGAGGAGUUACUUGAGGUAGUUCGUCUUGAAGGCCAGGCUCUUACUCAAGAUGAAGCCAUUUUAUCAAGAGAUAUUCAUCUCCUACAGCUCUGUAGUGGAAUUGAUGAGAAUGCCGCUGGAUCCUGCGUUCAGCUUGUUUUUGCUCCAAUUGAUGAGCUUUUCCCAGAUGAUGCUCCUUUGUUGCCUUCUGGUUUCCGUGUCAUUCCGCUGGAUUGUAGACCAGAUGGUUUGAAUUCCAAUCGUACGUUGGAUUUAGCAUCUAGUCUUGAAGUGGGUUCUGCUGUAAACCGAACUGGUGGAGAAGCAUCUCCAAGUGAUUACAGUUUGCGGUCAGUGUUGACAAUUGCCUUUCAGUUCCCAUAUGAAUUUCACCUCCAGGAAAGUGUGGCAGGAAUGGCCAGGCAAUAUGUUCGUAACAUUGUCUCAGCUGUGCAAAGGGUUUCUAUGGCGUUAGCUCCUUCCCAACUUGGAUUAAGUUCCAGCAAUAAACUUCUCGCUGGAUCCCCGGAAGCUGUUACUCUUGCUCGCUGGAUUUGCCAAAGCUACAAUUGUCACUUGGGUCUUGAUUUGCUGAGAUCCACUGAGGAAUCAGGAGAAUCCUUGUUAAAAAUGCUGUGGGAUCAUCCAGAUGCCAUAUUAUGCUGCUCGUUAAAGAUGCAACCAGUAUUCACCUUUGCAAACCAAGCAGGGCUUGAUAUGUUGGAAACAACACUGGUUGCCUUGCAAGACAUUACUCUGGAAAAGAUCUUUGAUGAGCCUGGGCGGGCAGCACUCUGCUCUGACUUCUCCAAGUUAAUGGAACAGGGAUACUCGUAUCUGCCGGGAGGUGUUUGUUUGUCAGGGAUGGGGCGUAGUGUUUCAUACGAGCAGGCAGUCGCCUGGAAAGUCAUGGAUUUAGAGAACAACCUUCACUGCUUGGCCAUAUGCUUCAUGAACUGGUCUUUUGUUUGAGCUGAAGCCCGGGGGUGGUGUCUUCCUAUUUUUGUAAGCAAAAAAAAAGAAAAUCCGAAAAUUGAAUGUUUAUUCUGGUGAAAACAGUCGGGUUUUUAGCUUUGGAAGGUCUUAAUUGGGAGCUGCAACCUUGUAUUGUCGUGACUCGUGAGGUGUUGUAUUUUGUAGCUUUAAGUAAAUUAAAGAAUUUUGCAUUUUGUCCAUCA